AUGGGCAGGAGCAAGGGCAAAGCUCCCCAGCGCCCGGAGGGACUCGAGAGGCCGACCUCGGGGGAACAGGAAUCCGGGUCGGCCAGUGCAGACAGCUCGCCCAGCCGGGAACGCCGACAGGGCCGCUGUAGGGCCCACGGGACAAGGCCGGUCUUCGAGCCCUGCACCGCGGGAGGCCAGGAGACCCCCAGUGGCCGCAGGAAGCCCACCGUGAAGGAGAGCGGCGACUGCAGACGGCUAGAGGCUGGGCCGCCACCGGAGGCCGAGGGGAGACGAGGCAGCGCGCGCCGUCGGGGAUGCGGGCCUAAGGAGAACCACAAGCCCAGGGACGGCCGUGGGGGGCGCCUGGGGGAGGGGAGUCUCGGAGGAGAAGGAAGGACAUGCGAGCGCGACCGACGCAGGAGGAAAGGGAAAGGGCGGGGAUGCUCGGUUCGGCGGGGCCGCCAAGAGACCCGGAGCCGCGAUGGGCACACGUCGGAUGGAGACGCGGCCAGCUCCUGCCGGGACAGCGAAGCCCGCGAGGCCCAGGAGAACGGCAGCCAGGGCGGCGCAGGCCCGGAGCGGCGGCCCAACUCAGAGCAGACGGACAUGGGCUCGGGAAGCACCCGAACCCGUCCGGAGUCAGCGCUGGAGGCGCGGGGGGAGCGCCCGAGCAGUGACGGCCUGAGCAGCGAGGGCAGAGGCAGCGACAGGCCCCCCGCCGGGCCCCGGAGCCCGGAAGGACCGUCGGGGGCGGGGUCCCAGGGAGAGACUGAGGAUUCUGGGACAGACAAGGACUCGAGUCUGGAGGGGGCCGGGCCUGGACGGAGCCCACGGGCAGCCCCAGGAACGACGAGUGGGGCCCCUGAGGCCGAAAAGGCCGACACGGGUAGAAAAGCCGCGGCCGCCAGUCCGCUCGAGGGCAGCCGCGCGUGCGUCCCCCGGAGCUCGCGGGCUUCUCGGGACCCCAGGUCGGCCCGGGACGCAAGAGGCAGUGGGGUGAAGCCCGAGGCUGAGCCGAGGGGCCCCGAGCCCGGAAGAGCCGAACCUUCGACCGCCCGGUGUCAGCGCCGUCAGGUCGGAAAGGGGGUGGGCAACGUGCAAGAGGCGGUGGGCAUGAGCGAAGCGGGGGCUGGAGGAGACGGGCCCGGGGACCCCGCGCCGCUGGUCGCCCUGGUGGCGCUCAGCCGGCUCCGCGCGAGGCCCGCGCCAGGGCCCGCUCCCCAGACCGCGGGUCCCCGCCGCUCCGGCCUCAAGGACCGGUUCCUGCGCGUGGCACGGGCCCUGGGCCUCCUGCGGUGGCUGUGGCGGAGGCUCCGCCAGCGUGGAGCCGGCGAGGGGCGGGGGGCCGGCGAGGGGCGGGGCCGCGGGCGGGGGCUGCGGCGCCGUCUAGUGCUGAGCCUGGCGGGCGUAGCCAGGCUCGGGGGGCGACCGAGGGCUCCCCCUAGCGGCGGUCCGAGUUCCCCGCAGGUUGAGAAAAGCCCGGCCCCCGACGACGCUUCUGCGGACGCGGACCCGACUCCAGAUCCCACGUUCGCGGUCGUGUUUCCCAGGAUCCACCGGGCAGGGAGGGCCUCGAGCAGCCAGAGCUCAGAGGAAGCGUCCGCGGACGCCCCCGCCGGGGAGCGGCACGUUUGGUCAUGUGUGGGGGCUUCAGGGGACAGUGAGGGGCACAGGGCGAGUGGGGAAGGGGUGGCAGAGCCCCGCCACGGCUCUCUUGGCCCUCCCCCUGGCGAGCCCUCACUCAACGAGGGCGGCUCCAGUAGCGAAGGGGAACCCGAGGCCUUGGGAGCCGAGGCUCCGGUGCACUGGGCGCAGGGCUCGGACCCCCCCGUGGACCCUGGUCUUGGCACCGAAGCACUGCUGCCCCGACUCACCUUGGAGACCCGCCUGCGGCGGGAGAGGAGCCCGGGCCCCUGCGGGUCCCUGAGGGAUCGUUGGGAGCCUGAGGAUGAGGCCGAGGAGGCGCUGGAGAGGGACCUGGAGCUGAGCCUCGGGCCCGGCCUGGAGGCGCGGCCCAUUCCUAGCGCCGACGGCGGGAGCCUCGGGGACGGCCUGGAAGACACCGAGGACCUGGCUCGGCUGCGGCUGCUGUGUGACAGCGCCGUGCUGCUGUGCCUCAAGAAGAGGUUUCACCUGGGCCGAAUUUAUACCUUUGGGGGGCCCCUACUGCUCGCUCUGAACCCCCGCCGGCCCCUGCCUCUCUUCUCACCUGAGGUCCUGGCCAGCUACCACCCUAGGAAGGCCCCCAACACCACCCCACACAUCUUUGCCCUCGUGGCAUCAGCCUAUAGCCUGUCUCGGAGCACUGGGCAGGACUCCUGCAUCCUCCUGGGGUGAACCCUGCCGACCCCUCCCUCCUGCAGUGGGCACAGUGGCUCUGGGAAGACAGAAGCUGCCAUAAAGAUUGUGCGAUUCCUAAGCCACCUAGAGCAGACGAGGGACAGAGGGUGUCAGCUGGACGAUGUGCUGCGCUUGCUCGGCAGCUUUGGCCAUGCCAAGACAGUCCUCAAUGCCAAUGCCAGCCGCUUCGGCCAGGUCUUAGGCCUCUGCCUGCAGCACGGGGUCAUCCUGGGAGCUUCUGUAUCACAUUAUCUGCUGGAGACCUCAAGAGUGGUGUUUCAGGCCCAGGCUGAGCGGAGCUUCCAUGUUUUUUAUGAGCUGCUGGCGGGGCUGGACCCCAUGGACCAGGAGCAGCUCUCCCUACAGGGACCGGAGACCUACCACUACCUCAACCAGGGCCGGGCCUGCAGGCUCCAGGGCAAGGAGGAUGCCCAGGACUUCAUAGGACUGGUGAAGGCCCUGCGGGCGCUGGGCUUGUGCGCCGGGGAGCUGACUGCGGUCUGGGCUGUGCUGGCCUCUGUCCUGCAGCUGGGCAACAUCUGCUUCACCUCUUCAGAGAGGGAGUCCCAGGAAGUGGCUGCCGUGUCCAGCUGGGCCGAGAUCCACACAGCAGCCCGGUUGCUGCGGGUGCCACCCGAGCGCCUGGAGGGGGCUGUCACCAGGAGGGUCGUGGAGACACCCUAUGGCCAGGUCUCGAGAUCCCUGCCUGUGGAAAGCGCCGUCGAUGCCAGGGACGCCCUGGCCAAGGCCCUGUACUCACGGCUCUUCACCUGGCUUCUGAGGACAACCAACGUGCGGCUGGCACCCCCCGGGGAGGGAGGCAGCGUGGUCACCGUCACUGUCGUUGAUGUCUACGGCUUUGAGGCACUGCGGGUCAACGGCCUGGAGCAGCUGUGCAACAAUCUCGCCAGCGAGCGCCUGCAGCUCUUCUCCAACCAGAUGCUGCUGGUCCAGGAGGAGGAGGAGUGUCGACGGGAGUUGCUGCCGUGGGUGCACAUCCCCCAGCCCCUGCAGGAGUCCUGCCUGGACCUCCUGGUGGACCAGCCCCACAGCCUCCUGAGUAUCCUGGAAGCCCAAACAUGGCUGUCCCAGGCCACGGACCACACCUUCCUGCAGAAGUGCCACUACCACCACGGCGACCACCUGCGCUACACCAAGCCCCAGCUGCCCCUUCCCAUCUUCACUGUGCGGCAUUACGCCGGGACUGUCACCUACCAGGUUCACAAGUUUCUAAGCAGAAACCGGGAUCAUCUUGACCGUGCUGUUGUGGAAAUGCUUGCCCAGAGCCAGCUCCAGCUGGUGGGCAGCCUGUUCCAGGAAGCAGAGCCUGAGUCUGGGGAAGGACCAGGCAAACCCACGCUGGCCUCUCGCUUCCAGCGUUCCCUGGGGGACCUCCUAGCCCAGCUGGGCAGGAGCCAUGUCUAUUUCAUCCAGUGCCUCAACCCCAACCCGGGAAAGUUUCCGGGCCUCUUUGAUGUGGGUCACGUGGCAGAGCAACUGCGCCAGGCAGGCAUCCUGGAGGCCGUGUAUACCCGCAGCGCCAACUUCCCCGUUCGUGUGCCCUUCCAGGCCUUCCUGGCCAGGUUCCGGGCCCUGGGGACAGAGGGGCAGGAAGAGCUCUCGGACCGGGAAAGGUGUGGCACCAUCCUGAACCAGGCGCUUGGGGCUGAGUCACCCUUCUGUCACCUGGGAGCCACCCAGGUGCUGCUGCGGGAGCCGGGCUGGCAGCAGCUGGAACAGCACCGGGCCCAGCAGCGCGCCCAGGCCCUGCUCACCCUGCACCGAGGCCUCCGCGCCCGCAUCUCCCGCCAGCGCCUCCGCCUCCUGCCAUGGAUGCAGGCUCGCGCGCGUGGGCUCCAGGCCAGGAAGCGGUACCUUCGGCGACGGACGGCUCUGGGGCAGCUGAACACCAUCCUGCUGGUGGCCCGGCCCCUGCUCUGGAGACGGCAGAGACAGCAGCUUGGGCAUCCGCACAGUUGGCACAGCGUCAGGGCCUCCAAGAAGGUGCCAAGCAUGGAGCUGGGGUGCUUGGAGAUCCCGGCUGAGCUGGCUGUCAUGCUGAAGACAGCAGAGGGCCAUCAGCACACCCUGGCUGAGAGCAUCACUGAGGCCGUGCCCCCGGAAGUUCCCGCACAGCCCCACUUGACCCUCCCGCCCGACAUCGACAGGUUCCCUUUCUCCAGCUUCAUCGCCAUCGACUUUCAGGAGCCAUCCCUGCCCCGCCCUGGGCAGCUGCUGACUAAGCCCCUGACCCGGCUGGACGGUGAGAACCCUCAGCACGCCCUGGACAUCAAUAAGGUGCUGCUGCGGCUCCUGGGGGACGGGUCCCUGGCCUCCUGGCAGGAGCAGACCAUGGGCCGGUACCUGGCGCGGCAGGGGCAGCGGCAGCCGGGGCUGCGCAACGAGCUCUUCAGCCAGCUGGUGGCCCAGGUCUGGCACAACCCGGACGAGCAGCAGAGCCAGCGUGGCUGGGCCCUCAUGGCCGUCCUGCUCAGCGCCUUCCCCUCCAUGUCCACCCUGCAGAAGCCGCUGCUCAAAUUUGUGUCCGACCAGGCCCCCAGGGGCAUGGCAGCGCUGUGCCAGCACAAGCUGCUGGGGGCCCUGGAGCAGACGCAGCUGGCCCCUGGGUCCGCACGGGCCCACCCCCCCACCCAGCUCGAGUGGACGGCCGGGUGGCGGCGGGGCCGCAUGGCACUGGACGUCUUCACCUUCAGCGAGGAGUGCUACUCGGCCGAGGUGGAGUCCUGGACCACAGGGGAGCAAUUCGCCGGGUGGAUUCUGCAGAGCAGAGGCCUGGAUCCGCCCCCGCGUGGCUGGUCUGUGUCACUGCACUCCAAGGACUCCUGGCAGGACCUGGCUGGCUGCGACUUUGUGCUGGACCUGAUCGGACAGACCGAGGACCUGGGGGACCCAGCUGGUCCCCACAGCUACCCCAUCGCCCCCCGUGGCUUAGCCGAGGACAUCCCCCCGGCCCCUGGCAUCCAGGCCCCCGCACUGCCACCAGGUCCCCCUCCAGGUCCAGCCCCAACCCUGCCCAGCAGGAGUCGCACAGGUGAGUCCCGGACCUCGGGGAGUCUGGAUGGCUUCCUGGACCACCUCUUCGAGCCAGUCCUCUCCCCGGGCCUCAGCGAGCUGGAGCAAGGCAGGGCUCUGAGUAGCCGCAUGAAGGGAGGGGGUGCCAUGGGGCCCAUGCAGCAAGGCAGCUACCCCAUGGUGUACCCAGGGAUGAUGCAGAUGCCCGGGUACCAGCCAGCCAUGAUGCCUGCACCUAUGCCUGUGGUGCCAGCAGUGGGCGCGGUCCCCGCCAUGCCAGCCAUGGUGGUGCCGCCCCAGCCCCAGCCCCAGCCCCUGCUUCCCAGUGUGGACGCGAGGCAGCUGGCGGUCCAGCAACAGAACUUCAUCAACCAGCAGGCGCUGAUCCUGGCCCAGCAGAUGACCACGCAGGCCAUGACCUUGUCCCUGGAGCAGCAGGCAAAGCAGCUCCAGAGCCAGCAUCAGGCCCAGGCCCCUGGAGCUGCCUCCCUGACCCCACCCCCAGCCAUCACCCCCAGGCUCAAGAAGACACCCACCCCCCAGAAGGAGCCAGAGCGUGACCUGGAAUUGGUAGGUGCCUGCCUAAGGGAGACCUCACCCGAGGCUGAAGACAGGCCCCCACAGCCCAAGAGCUUCCAGCAGAAACGGGACUAUUUCCAGAAGUUGGGGCAGCAGCAGAUCAAGGUGAAGACGAUGAAGCCUCCAGCCAAGGUGAAGAUCCCCCAGGGGGAGGAAGAGGAGGAUGAGCCAGAAGAGGAGGAACAGAGAGCAGUGCCAUCACCUCCUCCUUCCCUGGAAGUGAAGAAGCCACUGACACGAGGUGGGGCCAAAGCUGCACAGGAGGCUGAGGCUGAGCCAGCCACGGAGGCGGGGCCAGCCCAGGGCAGAGCCAUGGUGCAUAGCUCAGUCCCUGGACCCCAGCGGGCAGAGCCCAGCCGGGAGAUCCGCAACAUCAUCCGCAUGUACCAGAGCCGCCCGGGCCCUGUGCCUGUGCCUGUGCAGCCAUCCAGGAAGCUCUCCCAAAAUUUCCUGAAGAAAAACAACCCUAAGGAUGAGGCUCUGGCUAAGCUGGGGAUCGAUGGUGCCUCCUCGUCCCCUUCGAUGCUGCCCCCCAGCCCAGGGAAGGGCCCCCCACCAGCUGUGGCUGCUCGACCCAAGGCCCGACCACGCCUUUUGCCCUGCAACUCCAUCAAGGAGAAGCAGGGGCCACUUCAAGAGCUGUUUGGCCAGAACCCACCCACUGCCCAGAAACCCCCACCUCCACCAGCACCCCCACUGCCCCCAGCAACUCCUCCAGCUGAGCCCGGCAGCCUUGUGGAGCCCAUGGAGGACCACGGGGUCUCCACCCAGCUGCUCGUGCCCUCGGGCAGUGUGUGUUUCUCCUACGCCAGCGCCCCCUGGAGGCUGUUCCUGCGCAAGGAGGUGUUCUACCCUCGGGAGAACUUCAGCCAUCCUUACGGCCUCAGGCUGCUCUGUGAGCAGAUCCUGAGGGACACCUUCGCUGAGUCCUGCAUCCGGAUCUCCAAGGAUGAGAGGCACAAGAUGAAAGACCUGCUGGGAGACCUGGAGGUGGGCCUGGACUCGCUGGACACAGCUGAGGACAGUGUCAAGAAGCGCAUCGUGGUGGCCGCCAGGGACAACUGGGCCAAUUAUUUCUCCCGCAUCUUUCCUGUCUCGGGCGAGAGUGGCAGCGACGUGCAGCUGCUGGCUGUGUCCCACCGCGGGCUGAGACUACUCAAGGUGACCCGAGGCCCCACCUUGCACCCUGACCAGCUGAAGACUCUCUGCUCAUACAGCUUUGCUGAGGUGCUAGGCGUGGAGUGCCUGGCCAGCUCCACCCUGAAGCUGUCGCUGAAGAGUGAACAGCUGGUGCUGCACACGGUCCGGGCGGGAGCCGUCAAGGCUAUGGUCGAGCUGUUCCUGAGCGAGCUCAGGAAGGACUCUGGCUAUGUCAUCGCCCUGCGAAGCUACAUCACUGAUGACCACAGCCUCCUCAGCUUUCAACGUGGGGACCUCAUCAAGCUGUUGCCGGUGGCUACUCUGGAGCCAGGCUGGCAGUUUGGCUCCACCAGGGGCCGUUCCGGACUCUUCCCUGCUGACGUAGUGCAGCCGGCUGCUGCUCCAGACUUUUCCUUCUCGAUGGAGUGGAGGAGUGGCCGGCACAAGGGUCAGCUGCAGCGCGGAGAGUGGGGUAGGACGUCUGAGUUCCCCACCCGCCCCUGGAGCCAGGCACACAGUGACAACUCGGCCACCAGCCUGUCCCCCUCUGUGACCUGCGUCACCCUGCCCACGGACUCUGACUACACCAUGCAGGAAUUCGCCCUGCGCUACUUCCGGAAGCCCGAGACCUUGCUGGACCAGAGUGGUGGCGAUGCUGAGAGGAAGGCCAUGGCCAGCCUGGUGCAGUACAGCAAGGCUCCCAUCCAGGCGUCACUCAUCAACAUCAGUGACGAGGACGUGAACAGGCAGGCUGUGGGAAGCUUCCAGGCUCUGAUGCAGUUUAUGGGUGACCAGUCCAAGCCCCGGGGCAAGAACGACCUGGAUCUCCUCUAUGGGCUGCUGAAGCUGUGCCAGAAGGAGAACCUCAGGGAUGAGAUUUACUGCCAGACCAUCAAGCAGGUCACAGGACAUCCCCGGCCGAAACUCUGUGCUCGAGGCUGGACCUUCCUCAGCCUCCUCACAGGCUGCUUUCCCCCGUCAAGCCUGCUGAUGCCCUACGUGACCAAGUUUCUGCAGGAUUCGGUCCUGAGCCAAGAGCUGGCCCGGAGCAGCCAGGAGCACCUCCAGCGCACAGUCAAGUACGGGGGGCGCCGGCGGCUGCCCUCCCCGGGCGAAAUGCAGGCUUUCCUGAAAGGACAAGUAGUCCACCUGCUCCUAAUUCACCUGACCGGGGGUGUGAACUACAAGACCAAUAUCCACACUUUCACGGUGGCAGCAGAAGUGCUGGAGGAGCUGUGUGGGCAGAUGGGCAUCACCGACCCCCAGGAAGUGCAGGAAUUUGCCCUCUUCCUCAUCAAAGGGGAAGGCGAGCUGGUGCGGCCCCUGUGGCCCCAGGAGUACCUCAACAGCGUGAUGGCGGGUCCGGACGUGAGCCUGCACAGCCGGCGGCUUGGCUGGGAGACCCCGCUGCACUUCGACAACCCCACCUACGUCGGCACGCACUACAGCCAGGUGCUGCGGGACUACCUGCAGGGGAAGCUGUUGGUCAGUGCCCAGGACGACGCCCGAAUCGCCAGGCUGGCAGCCUUGCAGCACCUCGGCAGGAGCCACGAGGAGCCCCCCUCAGAGCAAGACCUACUGGCCUACUUGCCAAAGCAGCUGCACUGGCAGAUGAACACGGCCGCUGUUAGGAGCCUGACAGGCCAGGAGCUGAGGCAGCUGCAAGGAUGCAGCUCCCAGGAAGCACAGAUCAGCUUCAUCGAGGCCGCAAGCCAGCUGCCCCUCUUUGGCUACACUGUCUACACGGUGCUGCGGGUGAGCAACCCGGCCCUGCCCACUCCCGGCCUCCUGGGGCUGAACCGCCAGCACCUCAUUUUCAUGGACCCCAGCUCCCAGGAACUGUGCUGCUCCAUCGCCCUGAGGGACCUGCAGCGGCUGCAUGUGCUGAGCCCGAUGGAGGCAGGGGGCUCCCCGGGCCUGGAACUCAACUACGGCUCGGCUGACAACCCCCAGACCAUCUGGUUUGAGUUGCCGCAGGCCCAGGAGCUGAAGCACACCAUCACCUUCCUGCUGGACGGCAACCCUCCUUCCAUUUAGCAGCGGGGCUUCACCCAGGAGGAGUGGGAGAGGGGCAGACGAGGACAGGAAGCCUCCCUGGCCCCGGUCUCACCCAAAUGAUCUCCUGGGGGUGCUGUCAGGCCAGUCUGGUUUGGACUUCACUGUGUGGCUGUCCUGGAACCCGCUGCAGCACAGCCCAGCUGGUCCAUGUGGAGGGGCUGCUGUAGUGACUUCAACUGGGAAAGUGUUGCAGGACUCUCUGGGGUGGGGGCUGCAGGAACUUGGCCUGAUGUUGCUCAGUCUGGGGGAGAUGCCCACCUGGGCCCCGGGCCAACAGCAGCACGAGCCCAGACGUGGGAGAAGCAGCUGCCGAGGAAAUAAAACUCCCGAGAGAACAGGGCUGUGCAC